AUGUUUUAUUGUGUACAAAAGAUGAAUAUCUUUUCUUCAAACAUUAGUAAUAAUGGAAAUAAUUUUCAAGUAAACUCUUCAUCUGGAGCAGCAGGUGGCAUAGGGACCAUUAAAAAGACACCAAAUAGCAACAACAUACAACCUCAAGUUAAGAAACUUGUCAUCAAAAAUUUAAAAGAUACCUCUAAAGCUUCUGAAAACUAUCAAGUAGAAUCAUGGUCUCAUCUUUCAAAUGCAAUUGACUCUAUCUACAAAAAACAACCAAUCAAACAAACUUUAGAGGAAUUAUAUAGAAUGGUAGAUAAUCUUUGUUCGACAGAAAAAUAUGCAACAACAUUAACUUAUGUUGUCUCAAAGCAUACAAAAUCAAUUUGGGAUAUAGGUUUACAUUAUUUCAAAACAUUUUUAUUAUCAUCUACAAAUUUAGAUAAGAAACUAAGGAUUGGAAUACUAAUCAAUAUUGAAAAAGAAAGAAAUGGUGAAACAAUUGAUAAAGAUCUACUACAUCAUCUGAUCCAAAUGUUGCUAUCACUACAGAUAUAUGAAUCAUUUGAAAAAGAAUUAUUAUCAGAGACUAGUAUGUUUUAUUACAAAGAAUCAAAUCAUUUAAUCAACGAAUAUGAGACACCUGAAUAUCUCAAACAUGUAAAUAAUAGAAUUGCAGAAGAAAAUACAAGAUCUCUUCGAUACAUUGAUCCGUCUACAAAGAGAGCAAUAAUACAAGUAGUGGAAAAACAAAUGUUGGAACAACAUUUGGAUCGUCUUUUACAAAAAGGCUUUAAUCAAAUGGUAGAGAUGGACAAGAUUGAAGACUUGGAACUACUCUAUUCCCUUUUCACAAGAGUCAAUGGAUUGAGUAAAUUAAAAAGUGCAUGGGGUCAAUAUAUAAAGACAGCUGGUGCCUCCAUGCUAGCAGACACUGAAAAAGACUCGAGCAUGAUUGAAGAUUUAAUCAUAUUUAAAGAUCGAAUGGAUCACAUUCUCAAUAUCUCCUUUUCAAAAAAUGACCAACUAAACUAUUCUUUUAAGGAAUCUUUUGAACAUUUCAUCAACACUAGACAAAACAAACCUGCAGAACUAAUAGCAAAGUUUAUUGACUCUAAACUUCGCUCUGGUAGCAAGGGUAUUAGCGACGAUGAACUUGAAAUGGUUUUAAACAAGGCAUUGGCUUUAUUUAGAUUUAUUCAAGGAAAAGAUGUAUUUGAAGCUUUUUAUAAAACAGAUCUAUCCAAAAGAUUGUUGAUGGAUAAGAGCAUGUCAAUCGAUGUCGAGAAAUCUGUCGUUUUAAAACUUCGAAAUGAAUGUGGUACAGUCUUUACUGCCAAAUUGGAAGGAAUGUUUAAUGAUAUAGAAUUAUCAAAUGAAAUUAUGGCUUCUUUUAAAGAGUGCAUGGCCUACACUGAACACAUCAAAAAUAUAGAAAUGAACGUAUUUGUUUUGGCCUCUAGUAAUUGGCCUCAAUAUACUCCAUUAAAUGCAAACUUACCAACUCAGUUUCUAGAGUACCAAGAAAUGUACAGAAAGUUUUAUUCAUCAAAAUAUCCCAAUAGAAAAUUAAUUUGGCAAAACUCUUUAGGUCAAUGUGUUUUAAAAUGUUUCUUUCAAAAUGGUAAAAAAGAUACAAUUUCAUCACUUUUACAAACAGUCGUAUUAUUACUAUUUAACAAUUUGAACCAAGAUGAAGAGAUUACUCUUGGUAAGAUUCAAGAAUUAAGUGGCAUCGAAUUGGAAGAACUAAAAAGACAUAUGAUGCCUCUUAUCAAUUCAAAUACACGAAUCCUAUCGAGAAGAUCCAAGAACAAAUCAAAAAUAUUGGAAAUUGACGACCUUUUCUCGUUCAACAAAGACUUUACACACAAACUCACUCGUCUAAAGGUCAAUGCAUUACAAGCCAAAGAGACUGUUGAAGAGAACAAAAAGACAAACGAAGCUAUUAUCCAUGAUCGUCAAUAUCAAAUUGAUGCAGCCAUUGUCCGCAUCAUGAAGGCGAGAAAGACUCUAACACACAACCUUCUCAUGAGUGAACUGUUCCAACAACUUCGAUUCACUCCAAAACCAGUGGAUCUUAAAAAGAGAAUUGAAUCGUUGAUCGAGAGAGAAUAUCUUGGCAGAGAUCAAAACAAUCCAAUGAGUUACCAUUAUUUAGCCUAG